UAUCCGCUGCCCCGCCUCCCCUCCCCUCUUCCCGUCAGCUCGAGACCAACGGAAACAUCAUAGGCCUGUCCGGCUGAUCCACACGCGGGAAACGUAUCUAGGAGACAUAUAUACAUUUGAUUUGUUACAACGUGCCUGGUAUUUGACUGUUUGCUAGAAUGGAAAUGUUCACCCAAAAUAUCAAUUUAUGAGAAAUCGACGUAAAUGGUAACUUCUCCUUUAAAUGUUCUCUGUUGUUCUGCAUAAUAUCCAGGAAGUGUGAGAGCAUUCCUCCCCAGCUGAUCCAGAGAGCCAGACGGAAGUCUCCUACUCAGAGGCUUUAACAGUCAGCGGUGACCAGACAAGGGGACCGUGUUAUUGGUAAAUAUCGUCUGGAAUAAAUCCCGUGGAUUAUCCGUGGGUGGUUUUAGUGGAGACACGGCCCGGUAUCCCCAUCGCCUCUGUCUUUCCCCCGGUCGGUCGGGUGGAUCUGCCGUGGUGGGACUGUCAUGAGCCCGGGCUGGGAAUGGCAUCCUCUCCCAGUGUUUGUAAGAAGGUCGGGCCGGUGGAGGAGGAGAACGGAGAACCGGAUCGUUCUCUACAAGAGAUGUUGAAGGCGAUAGCCGACGAACGGAACCGUCUUACUGUCAGACAAGAAACUAGUGGACUUGGGUGUUUUAAGGACGACCGCAUCGUGUUCUGGACAUGGAUGUUCUCCACGUACUUCAUGGAGAAGCUGUCGCCGCGGGAACAGGACGACAUGUUGUUUUACGUCCGCAGGAAGCUGUCAUACGUCAGCCCCGACCAAUCAGAGGGCAAGAAGGUAGAUGUGGAGGUGUACAGGAGAGACUCUAAGAAGCUUCCAGGUUUAGGAGAACCUGACAUCGACUGGGAGGAGAGUGUUUACCUGAAUCUGAUCUUAAUGAAGCUGGACUAUGUGGUGACGUGUGCCGUCUGCACGCGCUCAGACGCAGGAGACAUCCACAUUCACAGGAAGAAGUCUCAGCAAGUGUAUGCGUCACCAAGUAAACACGCCAUGGACAGUAAAGGAGAGGAGUCUAAGAUGAGCUACCCCAACAUCUUCUUCAUGAUUGACAACUUUGAGGAGGUGUUCUGUGACAUGACGGUAGGUGAGGGGGAGAUGGUGUGUGUGGAGUUGGUAGCCAGUGAUAAGAGCAACACGUUCCAAGGAGUCGUCUUCCAAGGUUCCAUCCGCUACGAAGCUCUGAAGAAGGUUUACGACAACAGGGUGAGUGUGGCAGCGAAGAUGGCCCAGCGCAUGUCGUUCGGCUUCUACAAGUACAACAACAUGGAGUUUGUCAGGAUGAAGGGGCCCCAGGGCAAAGGUCACGCUGAGAUGGCGGUCAGCCGGGUCCCGACCGGAGACACGUCCCCCUGCGGCACAGAGGAGGACCUGGACUCACCCCUACACGAGAGGGUGACGUCGUUCAGCACCCCUCCCACCCCGGAGAGGAACCGCCCCUCGUUCUUCUCCCCUUCUCUCCGUCGGAAGGUCCCCAGGAACCGUAUCACUGAGAUGAAGAAGAGUCACUCAGCCAACGAUAGUGAAGAGUUCUUCAGGGAAGAGGACGACGAGGACCUGUGUAACCAGUCCAACCUGCGGUCUCGCUCCCUGUCGGGUACAGGUCGGUCCCUGGUGGGAUCUUGGCUCAAACUGAACCGUACGGAGGAGUACUUCCUGCUUUACUCCCACCUGACCUACGUCACCCUGCCGCUGCACCGCAUCACCUCAGAUAUCCUGGAGGUGAGACAGAAGCCCAUCCUGAUGACAUAGCAGAUCAGAGCUCCAGUCCUCCUAACUGCCCCAGAGCCUCCCUACGAAGUGCCUUCCUGCAUCAGGCCCUGACUGACACCACUACAACCCAGUGGUGAGAUGGAAAACGUACAGCAACCCUACCACCAUCUGGUGGUGACAUGGAGGAAUUACAGCAACACUACCACCAUCUGGUGGUGACAUGGAGGAAUUACAGCAACACUACCACCAUCUGGUGGUGACAUGGAGGAAUUACAGCAACACUACCACCAUCUGGUGGUGACAUGGAGGAAUUACAGCAACACUACCACCAUCUGGUGGUGAGAUGGAGGAAUUACAGCAACACUACCACCAUCUGGUGGUGAGAUGGAGGAAUUACAGCAACACUACCACCAUCUGGUGGUGAGAUGGAGGAAUUACAGCAACACUACCACCAUCUAUCUGGUGGUGACAUGGAGGAAUUACAGCAACACUACCACCAUCUGGUGGUGAGAUGGCGGAAUUACAGCAACACUACCACCAUCUGGUGGUGAGAUGGAGGAAUUACAGCAACACUACCACCAUCUGGUGGCGAGACAGAGAACUACAACCAAACCUGGAGUCAAUGGCAAGAGGUGACUAAAAAACAACAACUUUGGAACAAUGAAAACCAGCCAAUCAAAAAAGUGCCUCUUCCCUGUCAUGUUCCUGCUCGAUGAGGAUUCGCCGGUGGGUGUGAGGCGGUCGCCAGGGAAACGGGCAUAGCAACCCACCUGUCCUGUCAGGAUCACAAUGGUCGUGAAGUGCAGUACCAUUGGCUGAACUCUGACCUGGAACUAAAAUGAUUUAGAAUGUCUCUGGACGAAUCUAAAAUGGAACUCUAUUCCCAGUUUAGUGCACUAACGUUGGCCUUAGCCCUAUGUGGACUCUGAUCUAAAGUAGUGCCCUAUAAAAGGGAAUAGGGUGCCAUUUUGGACAACGUCUCCUGUUUUCUUGUAAAUAUCCUGCUGCUUAACUAUUCACUGAUAAGCCUUUAAGAAAGGUUACGCUUCUUCUGAUGGGAACAUAAAGCUUCUGUCU